CCCCCACCCCCCUGUGUCGCACUCCGGGGCGGGUCAGCCCACCAACAUCCGGCCUCCUCGUCCUGCAAUGGACGGAGAAACCUCGUCUCAGGUCCGGAGUCAUUUCGCGGCCCUCCUGUGUAAUAUCAUUUAGCGCGUGUCGGCCCGUGGACGUGGACGCAGUGCGCCAAUGCGGUCAGAGAAGCUCCAGCAGGCCUCGGCGGUGGUGCGUUCAAAGUUCCGUCAGCGCGUCGUACAUCCGUGCAUGGAGUGAACCGUGCGAGGAGCGCAGCUUGGCGGCGUGUGAUGAUAGGAGACACGAUGACUCUCUUGUCUCUUCUGGGUCGGAUCAUGCGUUAUUUUCUCCUCAGGCCGGAGACCUUGUUCCUGCUGUGCAUCAGCCUGGCCCUGUGGAGUUACUUCUUCCACACGGACGAGGUGAAGACCAUCGUCAAGUCGAGCCGGGAUGCGGUGAAGAUGGUGAAGGGCAAAGUGGCGGAGAUGAUGCAGAACGAGCGCCUGGGAGGCCUCAGCGUGCUGGACGCCGAGUUCUCCAAGACGUGGGAGUUCAAGAACGACAACGUGGCCGUGUACUCCAUCCAAGGGAGGCGAGACCACAUGGAGGACCGCUACCAGGUGCUCACCGACAUCACCAACAAGAGCCACCCCUCCAUAUUCGCCAUAUUCGACGGCCACGGCGGAGAGGCUGCAGCAGACUACGUGAAGGCCCACCUCCCUGAGGCCCUGAGGCAGCAGCUGCAGGCGUUCGAGCGAGAGAAAAAGAAGGAGAACGCGCUCUCCUACGCCAGCAUCUUAGAGCAGCAGAUCCUCAAUGUGGACCGAGAGAUGCUGGACAAGCUGUCAGCCAAUCAUGACGAAGCAGGCACCACAUGUCUGGUGGCCCUGCUGUCCGACAGAGAGCUGACAGUGGCCAACGUUGGCGACUCACGCGGCGUGCUGUGCGACAAAGACGGGAACGCCAUUGCGCUAUCGCACGACCACAAACCGUAUCAGCUCAAAGAGCGCAAGAGGAUCAAGAGAGCAGGAGGCUUCAUCAGUUUUAACGGAUCCUGGAGAGUCCAGGGAAUCCUGGCAAUGUCCCGCUCUCUCGGGGACUAUCCGCUCAAGCACCUCAACGUGGUCAUCCCCGAUCCAGACAUGAUGACCUUCGACCUGGACAAACUGCAGCCGGAGUUUAUGAUCUUGGCGUCGGACGGCUUGUGGGACGCCUUCAGUAACGAAGAGGCGGUGCGGUUUGUCCGCGAGCGCCUGGACGAGCCUCACUUCGGUGCCAAGAGCAUCGUCCUUCAGUCCUUCUACCGCGGUUGCCCCGACAACAUCACGGUCAUGGUGGUCAAGUUCAAAAGCAGGGCGGGAGGGAGUAGCAAGGCCGGGGACUAGGGUCAUGUCCAUUGGGACGGGGUAAAACUAACAGUAAAACUGGACAAACAAACCUAAUUACGUUCGACUCUUAUAGUCAAGACAUCGCCUAAAAACAAAGUACCCAACCAGUGGGGACGGCGUGGCGCAGUUGGUAGAGUGGUCGUGCCAGCAACCUGAGGGUUCCUGGUUCGAUCCCCACCUUCUACCAACUUCCUCAUGUUCGUUGUGUCCUUGAGCAAGACACGUCACCCUUGCUCCUGAUGGGUCGCAGUUAGGGCCAUCAGUGUGUGAAUAAAUGGGUGAAUGUGGAAAUAGUGUCAAAGCGCUUUGAGUACCUUGAAGGUAGAAAAGCGCUAUACAAGUAUAACCCAUUAUGUUAGACGGUCUAUUAUGAACGUUGCAGCUACAAUCAUCACACUUUCUUUUUGCAGUUAUGCAGGAAGCAAAAGGAAACGUCUCAAAAAACACCUGGCUGCGUUUAAACGUUCCAAUUCCCCAUAUUUUCUCAAAUAGUGACCUUCCCCCUAGUUGGUCAGGUGCCACAAUGAACAAGAAUGCGCCACACCUCAAAUAAAUUCCUCCUUCUUUUCCCUAGUAGGAUAGGAUUGCUGUAGACAACUUUACCACAAGCUAACACCACCUGUAGAGCGGACAUGGUCUCUGUAAAGCUAAAGUUACAUGGGAGAUUCAAGACAAAGUGCUGAUGUAUGCAUUUUGUGACAGAAAUGACUUUAAAAAAAAAAAAGAGCGCCUUCAGUGAAUGACAAUACAAUGUUUUCUAAUACACCACAUAAGGUUUAUAAUCUACCUGAAAGUCAGCCAUUUGUGCUAUUGCUGUCGUGCAUGUGCCUUGCAGAGGACGCUGGCUUUCAGGAUGAUAUUUCCCAUUAUAUAAAACGGCAGUACAAAUAAACCCUGUCUCCUGACAGAUGCUUCAUAUUCUAAUAAACGCCCCUUUGGCCACGACAUGAGGAAAUAUGACAGAAUGAUCAGGACUUUAUACUACAAGGAUACAAAUGCAUAGACCAGGGGUGUCCUGCUUUUAACAGCCUGCCGCACAUUCUAAAAAUACUAAUAAGAAAAAACACAAAGUGGAAUAAAAAUGAACAAAUAUAUUGUUUUUCUAGCCAAUACCGAUAAUUGAUUACCUUAUUUAUGUCCAUUGUUUUGUUUUGUUUUUUAUCCAAUCCACUUUAUUUAUAUAGCACUAUUAACAAACGAUUGUUUCCUGAGUGCUGCAUAUUAAACAGUUUCAAUUAAAAGCAUUAAAAAUAGCUAAAAUAAAAUCUAUAUAAAUACACACACACACACGCAUACAUAGUAUAUAUAUAUAUAUAUAUAUAUAUAUAUAUAUACCGUAAUUUCCGGACUAUAAGCCGCUACUUUUUCCCCUCGUUCUGGUCCCUGCGGCUUAUACAACGGUGCGGCUUAUUUACGGCCUGUUCUUCUCUGACGAAGAGGAUUUCUGUGGUUUUAGUUCGCAGGAGGGAGACGAUGACACAAUGAUUAAAGACUGACUUUUCAUAUACCGGUAGGCUGGUUAUUUUGAUAACGUACAUGCGAGCACUUUGUAUUGCUUUGCACCGUUGUAUUAUUUGUACUCUGCACGAAUGCUGUUCGCCAUGUCAAAGAUGUGAAAGUUUGAUUGAAUGAUUGAAAGAUUUAUAGUUAAUAAAUGGGACGCUUUGCGUUCCCAAACAGUCAUCUCUGUCCCGACAAUCCCCUCCGUGGUAGCAGGAACCCUUAUAUACUACGGUAAUUACACAUCAAAACCCUGCGGCUUAUAGUCGGGUGCGGCUUAUAUAUGGAGCAAUCUAUAUUUUCCCCUAAAUUUAG